AGUUUUGAAGGAAAACCCGAAGGAAGGUGAUCGCAAAGGAAACCUAUGUGUAGAGAGGUGGAGAAUGUUGAAGUGGAUGCAAAGGACAAGACUCUAAGACUGAGAACUGGAAUAAUCUAGCUCAGACACGGGACCUUUUGAACACAGUAAUGAACCUCUACGUUCUAUAAAGAGAGGGAAAUUUAAUUACUUGUUGAGCAAUUGUUAGCGUCUCAAGAAGGAAUUAUGCAUGAGUUUGAAACCAUGACAACGACUCGGGUGAUCAUGUCGUAUCAGUGGAGUGCCGGGAACGGCGAGAAGCCUGGUAUGCUCGGCCUGAGGGAAGAAGUGGCCCAGGUGGCCAACCGCGAGCUCAGGGAGAACAAGUCCAUCCGCGAGCAAAGUUUGCAGCAGUUUCGCGAAUGGAUCCGCAAGAACCAGGACAUCUGCAGUUGCAGGACAGAUGACAAUUUUCUUCUGCGCUUCCUACGUGUCAAGAAAUUCAGCUUACCCAUGGCACAACAAGUGUUACUGAAAUAUAUCAAUUUUCGACAGACAUUCUCACAUUUGCUGUACAAUUUGGACUAUCUUAUCCCCUCUGUCAAUGAGCUCAUCAGCAGUGGGUAUAUGUAUGUUUCACCCUACAGGGAUAGUAGUGGUCGUCGAGUGAUACUCUACAAUAUAAGUAAAUUUGAUCCUCAUAAAUACACCAACGCUGACAUGGCAAAGGUGCACCUGAUCACUUAUGAGGUUCUCAUAGAGGAUGAGGAGUCACAGGUGAUGGGCUUCACACAUGUAGGUGACAUAUGUCAGGCAUCAGCAGCUCAUGCCACCAUCUGGUCGCCUACUGAGUUCACCACACUUGUCAGAUGGGGCGAGCAAUCUUUGCCUCUGCGACACAAGGAAGUUCAUCUGGUCAAUGUGCCUUCAGCUGUACGGUACUUUUAUGACUUAAUUAGUUCCCUUAUGAGUGAGAAGAUUCGGAGCAGAAUCAAGAUUCAUGAAUGUAUGGAGAGUUUAUGGAAGAGGGUGGAUCCAAAAGUCCUUCCAAAAGAGCUUGGUGGGAGUAUGCCAAUGGUUGAGAUGAUAGAUCUCUGGAAGAAGGAGAUAUCUGCUAAGAGAGAACGCAUCCUUCAUCUAGAUAACAUGAAAUUAUUAAGCACCAAGUCCAUCAUCACCCGCAGAAACAACCAACAAAAUGAAAAUUCAUCACUCAUGAUCAACAACCUCCAAGGAAGUUUCAGAAAACUUGAAGUAGACUGAAGGCAUACACAUUAUUAUGAGACACAAUAAUGUUAAAAUUGUUACCUUGUCAAAUUCUGUCCAAAUGUGGGUAAUUUGACCUAGUAAAGAUAUUUCUUUUUUGUAUUAUUUUAACACUUCCAAUUUAAAAAUUUAUCAUAUUUAUUGGUCUGAUACCACAUUAAAUGGGUUCUAAAUUAUGGUUAUUUUAUUUAAUUGUUAAGUAUAAUAUAUUUGCAAGGAAUAAAAGUAUAUUACUGUA